CAGGACAGAGUCUGUAUUUCACAACCUUCUCAUUUAGUUUGUAUUGAUUAUAAAUAUGUCAGGCUGAGAAACUCUGGAUUUUAUUUCUUACUGUUUGUUUUUCACCUUUUGUCAGAUUGAAAGAGCUGCAGAUCUGUUAGAUUCUUUAGAGAGAAUUCGCCCUGAAGUCCCAGUUAACCUCAAACCUGCUCGCUGUUCAUGCAGUAACACAACCUGCAGUAAAGAGUUCAGCAGUAAUGCAACCUGAAAAAAAGAUUCUGACUGUUAAGGGACCUACAGACGUUUAAUUUAAAACUUAUUAAUAAUGAACUGCAGAACUCACUUUGCUGAAGGUCGUUUAAACAGUUAAACGUACUUUAAGUGUUUAAAAGGUUUCAUUGUGUGUGAUGAAAGUGAGGAAACAUUGUGGAGCUGAAUGUAGAACAAAAUAACAGCAGGAACACAGAAAAUCAGACUUCUGUCCAUGAAUCUGUUGCCCCAGUGCAUGCUGGGAGGAUUCCCAACACACUAACCUCGUUUAAUGGCAGUCACAUGAUCAGCAUUCAGCCAAUCAUAUGAAUGCUGAUCAUGGUUUAUACAAAAUAACUUCAUCCAGGAUCAAUAAUCAAUCCUCAAACUGCCUUCAAAGAAUCAAAUUAGCUGCAGGAGAGUUAACAGGAUUAUUUUAGCCUGAUAGCAGCACGUUAGCAUGUUAGCAUGUUAGCCUGGAUUAGUUAAACCAUGUUUGAAGAACCUGUUUAACUGUUAUUAUUUAACUUUGAUACAAUUGGUUGGAAAUGAAACUGGAAUUUGAUUUGUUGUUUGUUCUCUUGGCUGGAUUCAUUUGUUUUGAUUUAACCACAAGAUGGCGCCGCAAACAGCUCUGCUGAUGUCAUCGUGUUGCGUUCAGGCUCUACGUGUUGAGAUUUUUCCCAAAAGGCCUCUGUUCAGGCUGGGUGAGCGUGAGCAGCUGGUCUGUGCGGUUCACGACUGUUCCACGAUACCACACAUCACCUGGACUCUGCUUGAGGACCGACCGCUCACCGCCACCAUCAACACCAACAGUUCGCACUCUGUGGUGACCUUUGACCCUGUGAUGAUAGAACAUGGCGGAAAUCUGCUGUGUAAAGUCUACUGUGGAGAAUACAAAGAGAGCAGAAGGUUCAUACAGGUUUACUCUUUCCCAUCAGCCCCAGUGAUCACAGGUCAGGACCGCCUGAGGCUGGGGACGGAGUCGACCCUGAGCUGCCAGGUGCCUGAUAUUCACCCCCCCGACCUGCUGACCCUCCGCUGGCUGCGAGGAGACGCCGUCCUGCAAGACGACACGAACGAGUCUGGCUCCAGCUCGUUCCGGUCUAUGUACACAUUCAGGCCUCUGAAAGCCGACUCAGGAGCCAACAUCACCUGCAGGGCCUCGCUGGGCCUGGACCUACCUCCUGAGGACCAGACCAGAGAGACCAGCGUCCCCCUGAACCUGCUCUAUGCUCCUGUUGUCACGGCGAUAUCAGACUCUGUGACGGUGAUGGCCGGCUCGACGCUCACUCUCAACUGUUCAGCGGAGGGAAACCCGGAGCCGCUCGUCACCUGGAGCUUCAGGACGGCAGACGGAGGGUCUCUGACGAGGGGUCAAGGCCCAAAACUCGUCCUGACGGCGGUGAGUCCGUCGCAGGCCGGCUGGUACGACUGCGAGGCAGCAAACACAGAGGGAAACCAGACCGCCGCGCUGGAGGUCACCGUUCAUGCUCCGCCCACCAACACCUCCAUGUCAGUGAGUCCAGGUGAGGAGGUGGUGGAGGGUCAGCAGGUGACGAUUACCUGCCGCUCAGACGGAGCUCCACCCACCACGCUGGUGCUGAGGAGAGAGGGGGUGGAGCUUCAGAGGACCGACCCCUCCUCCUCCUCGCUCUCCUUCAGCCUCUCCUCCGCCCAGCCGGAAGACUCCGCCCACUACCAGUGUGAAGCCUCCAACCAGUACGGAGUCCAACUGAUGACCAGACCCAUCACUGUCAGAGCUCAUCCUCUGCAGGUGCAGCUGAGUCCUCCGGUCUCAGCAGCAGAGCGGGGUUCAGAUCUGGUUCUGACCUGCCGAGCCUCCGGAUGUCUCCGCCCCCCCACCCUCACCUGGAGGAGGACGGACCAGGACCAGGACCAGGACCAGACGGUCCUCCAGAGGACACAGCAGCAGGACGGAGUGUCCCGGCUCGUGCUGCAGAACCUGGAUCUGCAGGACGGCGGAGGAUACAGCUGUAAGGCUGAGUGUGACUCCGUCCUCAGGACCGGAACCACCGAGGUCCACGUCUACUCUCUGCCAUCCGAUCCGGUUCUGCUGAAUCCUGAACCCGUCCUGCUGGGUCAGGAGGCGGUCCUCCGCUGUGACAUCACUAAUGUCUUUCCAGCCAAUCAGCUGAGGGUCUGGUGGCUGUCCGGCAACACGACGCUGACAUCACAGUCGUUCCAGUUCUCCAGUUCCUUACAGAACGUCUCAUCUGUUCUGCGUCACCGGGUGGAGCAGGACCAGGACCAGGUCCUGACCUGCAGAGCCGAGCUACUGUUGGAGGACGGAGACGUGUGGAGGUCCAGGAGGACCAGUGUCUCUCUGCAGGUCCACUACGCUCCGAGGAAAACCUUCAUGUCAGUGAGUCCAGGUGAGGAGGUGAUGGAGGGUCAGCAGGUGACGAUUACCUGCCGCUCAGACGGAGCUCCACCCACCACGCUGGUGCUGAGGAGAGAGGGGGCGGAGCUUCAGAGGACCGACUCCUCCUCCUCGCUCUCCUUCAGACUCUCCUCCGCCCAGCUGGAAGACUCUGCCCACUACCAUUGUGAAGCCUCCAACCAGUACGGAGCCCAACUGGUGACCAGACCCGUCACUGUCAGAGCUCCUCCGAGGAACACCACAGUCCUCAUCCUGCCGUCUACGGUGGUCCAGGAGGGACAAAAUGUCACCGUCUGCUGCCGAGCCAUCAGCUUCCCGCCGUCAGCUGUCAUACUGAAGAAACUAGCCAAUGGGACAGAGCUAUAUUCCCCUAAUGGCACCUUCCUAUUGGUUAACGUCACUGCCAGAGACUCCGGGCUUUACCAGGUCAACGUGACCAACGACCUCGGCUACCAGAUCACAGUGUUCAGCAUCAGCGUCAGAGCAGAGAGAAGCCUUCCUCCCCGUCUUGGCGUCAUCGUGGUCCCAGCUGUCUGCGUAGCCGCUGGGCUAGCAGCUGCUGCUCUGUUCCUCGACUACCUGAGGAGAUACAGGAAGAAAGGCUUCUACCAGCUGCCCCAGUCUGCUCCUGCUUCAGCUUGAGACAAACGCCAGGCCACCACCUCCUACCAUCUACCAUCUUCCAACAUUUGGUUACCAAGUUCCCAAAUGUGACUUUCUUCACAUGUGGCAACAAAGUUCCAACAUCUGGCUACAGUGUCCUGAAAAUGUGACGACCACAUCUCAACAUCUCAACAUGUUACUACCAAGUUUCAAAAUGUGAUUGUCCCAAACUUGAUAUCUCUACAUGUGGCUACCAAAAUCCAAAAUGUGGCUACAACAACCCAACUUGUGGCUACAAUGUACUGAAAAUUUGGCUACCAUCUCCCAACAUGUGGCUACUAACUUCCAUCAUGUGGCUUCGGUAUCCCAAAUGUUGCUGCAACAUCCCAACAUGUGUAACAACCUCCCAAAAUGUGGCUAACAAGUCCCAAGUGACUACCACCCACCAACAUGUGACUACCAUACCCUAACAUUACAAUCAUUAACGUCAUCCUACAUGUGGCUACAGCUUCCUGUUGUGAAGCUGCAGCAGUCUGAUGGUUCCUGAUAGUACCUGAUGAUUUCUGAUGGUCCCUGAUGGUCCCUGAUGGUUUUUGAUGGUUGCUUAUGGUUCCUGAUGGUUCCUGAUUGUUCCUGAUGGUCCCUGAUGGUUCCUGAUGGUUCCUGAUGGUCCCUGAUGGUUCAUGAUGGUUCCUGAUGGUACUUGAUCGUUUCUCCACAUCUCAUCAGAACAUUUCUGUAUAAUUAAAGAAAUUCAAGAGGUUUUAUGUCACAUGAGCAGCAACACAGCAGAUGGAAACACUGAAGGCAGUGAAAUUUGGCUCCUUUGAGCUCCAGCUCCAGUUACAGUGUAUAAUAACAUGACAUGAACUGCAGUAAACAUCUCCUUUAUUAGAGUCUGUUAUGAACUUUUAGCAUCUUUGCAGAAAUUUUCAUCUGCUUGUUGAAUCACUGAAUUUUCAGUGAGUGAACUGUCCCUUUAACAGUCAGAGAGUCACAGCUUUGGCUUCAGCUUGCUAACAUGUAAUGUGUUUACUUUAUGUAAACCAGUAUUUAAUAUGAUCUCUGUCGGUCUGCUGCGUCUUCAGUUGUAAUGUUCUGCACACAGAACCUUUGUGUUGAUGUUUGUUUGUGUUGAAUGAUCUGCUGGAUUGUGAGCUGGAUGUAGAUAUGUACAGUUUCUCACGGUGUGCUUUUAUUAAAGAUAUUUAUUUCUUCACUCUUGUCCCGGAGCUUAUUGGAUCAUCAUUUGGUUUCCUUGGAAUUUCCAGAGUUUCAGACGACUCGGCUUUCCCUUUCACUUCAUGUCAGAACCUGUUUUUACUGGAAGUCUUUUGGGACUUCGUUCAGUUUUGGAAUAUUCAUUUAAAAUCAGUAGAAAACAGUCACAACUCUUCUUCUUCUUCUUUUAAAGCAACCAUCUCCCAACAUGUGGCUACUAACUUCCAUCAUGUGGCUUUGGUAUCCCAAAUGUUGCUGCAACAUCCCAACAUGUGUAACAACCUCCCAAAAUGUGGCUAACAAGUCCCAAGUGACUACCACCCACCAACAUGUGACUACCAUACCCUAACAUUACAAUCAUUAACGUCAUCCUACAUGUGGCUACAGCUUCCUGUUGUGAAGCUGCAGCAGUCUGAUGGAUCCUGAUAGUACCUGAUGAUUUCUGAUGGUUCCUGAUGGUUCCUGAUGGUUCCUGAUGGUCCCUGAUGGUCCCUGGUGGUCCCUGAUGGUUCCUGAUGGUUCCUGAUGGUCCCUGAUGGUUCAUGAUGGUUCCUGAUGGUUCCUGAUGGUACUUGAUCGUUUCUUCACAUCUCAUCAGAACAUUUCUGUAUAAUUAAAGAAAUUCAAGAGGUUUUAUGUCACAUGAGCAGCAACACAGCAGAUGGAAACACUGAAGGCAGUGAAAUUUGGCUCCUUUGAGCUUCAGCUCCAGUUACAGUGUAUAAUAACAUGACAUGAACUGCAGUAAACAUCUCCUUUAUUAGAGUCUGUUAUGAACUUUUAGCAUCUUUGCAGAAAUUUUCAUCUGCUUGUUGAAUCACUGAAUUUUCAGUGAGUGAACUGUCCCUUUAACAGUCAGAGAGUCACAGCUUUGGCUUCAGCUUGCUAACAUGUAAUGUGUUUACUUUAUGUAAACCAGUAUUUAAUAUGAUCUCUGUCGGUCUGCUGCGUCUUCAGUUGUAAUGUUCUGCACACAGAACCUUUGUGUUGAUGUUUGUUUGUGUUGAAUGAUCUGCUGGAUUGUGAGCUGGAUGUAGAUAUGUACAGUUUCUCACGGUGUGCUUUUAUUAAAGAUAUUUAUUUCUUCA